AUGACACAACCGCCAUCUAUCACUCGAACAUCUACAGCGCCUGUGCUGGUGACAAACGAUACCAAGAGCAGUCAGCCAUCACCGCCUAUCGUCAACAAGAACACAUCACAGCUCCAGUUCAAGCUGGCGAAACAGAGACCACUCUAUUUCAAAGCAAGAUUAACUCAAUUUGAUUUAUCCAAUACGGACAGUUCCAACGGCGCAUUUCGUGGUUUCUACACCCUCUUCUGGAUCGCUAUGGGCAUGUACGUUAUACAGUCCAUUGUGCGAUGCUACGAACAAGAAGGCAUAUUGCUGAGUUUAGGCUUUUACCGGUUGAUCUCUGAAGAUGGUUUGGCUCUUUUAAUAUCGGAUUUGACCAUGGUAUCAAUGACCUUAUUUAGUGUCCUCUUUUCAAAGCUGUUGAUGUGGGGCAUCUUACCCUAUGAAACAUUUGGCGUGAUCAUACAGCAUACGUGUCAAGCAUUGUUUUUGUUUGUCAACAUUUAUUGGACGUUUUGGAGAAACUGGCCUUGGGUACAAUCUGGAUUCUUUACGAUGCAUACGAUUGUCAUGAUGAUGAAGACGCACUCGUACACGGCAUUGAACGGUGAUCUCUCUGUCAAGCUAAGACGUUUGCGUCAACUCAAAGCCGAAUUGCCCAAACUGAUCGCAACUAGCAAGGAGGACGAACACGCAGUAGCAGAAAAGAUACAGCACAUGGAAUCAGAAAUCGCAUUUUUGGAGGGGGAAUUGGUGCACGGAAACACUCGUUAUCCAGAUAAUGUCACUAUUGCCAAUUUCCUGGACUAUCUGCUCGUGCCUAGCUUGGUGUAUUGGAUGGAAUAUCCCAGAACAGACAAAAUUCGUGUUUGGUACGUGUUUGAAAAGACAACUGCGACACUCGGUUCAUUCUUGAUGCUGUACGUAACAACAGAACGUUGGAUCCUGCCAAAACUCUACGACCCCAACAUGUCAGAGCCUCGUGUUAUCCUUGAACUGCUGUUUCCCUUUAUGAUCAACUAUCUAUUCAUCUUUUACAUCAUCUUUGAAUGUAUUUUGAACGCAUUUGCUGAAUUGAGCAGAUUUGCUGAUCGCAACUUUUAUGAUGACUGGUGGAACAGUGUUACUUACGACGAAUUUGCCCGCAAAUGGAACAAACCUGUGCAUCACUGGCUUUUGCGACACGUCUAUGCUCAGUCCAUUGAAUCCUACAAGCUGUCAAAGACAAAUGCUACCUUUGUCACCUUUCUGCUGUCGUCCAUCUUUCAUGAAUUGGUGUUGAUUAUUGUCACUCAUAAAGUUAGACUGUACAUGUUCUUUAUUCAGAUGCUGCAGUUACCUAUGAUUGUCAUUGGGCGCAUGCCCUUGUUUAGGAAUCGUUUUUGGUUAGGUAACUCAUUCUUCUGGCUGUGCAUGUUAUUCGGCCCUCCUUUGCUUGGUAUCCUGUAUUGUCGCGAAGCAUUCUGGGCCUCUUGGGGAGGGCCACUGCCCCCUGUUUCAACUGCUAUUUAA